UCUUGGACACGGGGCGCAAAGGAGUCAAGGAUGUUGCCAGGUCUGUGGCCGAAACUGAGAACCGAAUAGAGAAGCAGGCUGAGCAUGGUGGGGGUCAAUCUUUCCUUUAUCAACCCCAUGGUAAGUGAUCAGGAUGGUCACUAUUACUAAAAGUGAAAUGACAAAUCAGGACGCGACGUUCCCAAAAAACAAACCACCUGAGUCACACAAGUGUGAACUUUUUAAAUUUUUAUUUUGAGAUCACUCUAAGUUUGUGUUCAGUUGUAAGAAACAAGAGAGAUCCUGUGUACCCUUUACCCAUUCCUCCAUGUUGCAAAACUAGCACGACAUCACCGCCACGGUAGACGCGGACAGGCCGUAGGGCAUUUCCAUCAGCAGAAGGGACCCUCUUGUGCCCCCGUAGAGCCACAUCCACCCUGGCCUUCCAACUAACUUAAUGCUGGCAGGACUUAGCCAGACCGUAAGGACUCCUACUCGGGACAAAGAAGAGGGUCAGGGAAUGGGAGGGCGACUGAAGGCGGAUUGGCAGCACGCAAGCCCGCGGUAUUCCGGGACACAGCAGAGGUCUGCCGAGGAAGCACCCGCCUCCGCGAGUGCUGCGGCCCUGCCCCUUUCGCCGCGGCCGACCAAUUGCCGCCCGAAGGCGGAGCCGCUUCCGUCCGCGGCAGGGGAGGGCCGGAAAUGAGCGGUAGCUUUUUCCUCCAGCUACCGCCUUACCCAAGAUGGCGGACCUCCACCGUCAGCUGCAGGAGUACCUGGCGCAGGGGAAAGCGGGCGGCCAGGCGGCCACGGAGCCGUUACUUGCCGCGGGGAAGGCGGAGGAGCCCGGAGACGGGCCGGCGGGGGCGUGGCUGGGCCGCGCGAGCCUGCGCUGGGCGUGGUCGCGGAGCUCGACGGAGUCGGCGGCUGCGGGCCCGGCGUGCCUGCCGAGCGUGACGCGCGGGCAGCGGCUGGCGGCGGGCGGCGGGUGCCUGCUGCUGGCGGCACUCUGCUUCGGCCUGGCCGCGCUCUACGCGCCGGUGCUGCUGCUGCGCGCGCGCAAGUUCGCGCUGCUCUGGUCGCUGGGCUCGGCGCUGGCUCUGGCGGGAGGCGCGCUGCUGCGGGGCGGCGCGGCGUGCGGGCGCCUGCUGCGCUGCGAAGAGGCGCCGUCGCGGCCCGCGCUGCUCUACGGGGCCGCGCUGGGCGCCACGCUAUUUGCGGCGCUGAGCCUGCGGAGCACGCUGCUCACGGUGCUGGGCGCGGGCGCGCAGGUGGCCGCACUGUUGGCCGCGCUGGUCGGGCUGCUGCCCUGGGGCGGCGGCACGGCGUUGCGCCUCGCGCUGGGUCGCCUGAGCCGCGGCGCCGGCCUCUCCAAGGCUCUGCCCGUGUGAGGACCUCGCGCCCGCGCCACCUGGGAAGGACGCGGAGCCAGCGCCCGCAGAGCCGAGGACUGCACGCGGGUGUCGGGACCCCGCGGCGAAGGCCCUUCCGCGACCGCCUGCGAGUCUAAGUUGGGAGCGGCUGCUGGCACGGGAG